UGCCAACUUUGUGUAAAGCAUAACCCAACGUACCACUCUCUGAAUCUUUCUUUUUAUUUACUAUUUACUUUCAUUAUGUAAAUAAAAUGUUACCAGUCAUUGGGAUGAAUAAAAGGGUGAGGUGAAACAAACCUCGUACGGUACGACGACCAUGGAAACAUCAGUAGUGGUCAUAGCCAUGGACGACUGUUGAGAUCGAUCUCCAAUUGCCCAUUUCCCACAAAUCUCUCCCUCUGAUUAAUUUCCCGCCAAACCGAACCACAUCCCCCACUACACUACACUACUCUACGCAAUUUUCGUAAGUAUUAACUAUUAAUAAUACUGAAACUGGAGAAUAGAUGAAAGGAGGGUCUUCGAAGGUGGUGAUGGGAGCUGCAAUGGUGAUCGUCGUCACCCUGGCCUUGGUUCUGGCCCUCGUUUUGCUUCUCCUUGCCGAGCUCUACUGCUCCCUUUUCCUCCGUACACGUGGCAACCAUCGGAAGCGUCCUAAUUCUGCUUCCGCCGCCGAUCCUGAACAACUGACGGCUCGGCAUCCCCAUGCCCCGUCUCUCUGCAGCUUCUACUAUCAGGGUGUUCUUCCGGCUCCCCGGAGCUUUCUCUUCCCCGCCGCCGCGCCGGAGAAGCAGCAACCGGCGGGUUCUCCCGCAUUGUCCGCCAUCUCAGCCCCGGUCGAACACCUCGGUUCUCCAUCCUCAGCCGGCACCGCCACGAGCAGCGACGGACACCCCAUGUACAUAUGCAACCCAAUCUACGACCUCCACGAAACCCUCAUUAAUGGAACAACCCAAAUUCCUAAGGCGGACACCCCGUUUGAAACGCCGGGCACGUCGCCGUCCCGGCUGGAAGAGGAGGACGACGACGACUCGCCGGGCGGCAGCCACUCAGCGACGCCGCCGCUGACUCCGAUGAAGAAGCUGCCGGCGGAGGGUCCGUCGGUGUCCCUGAGAGAUGCGGGAUCGAUUUGCACGACGGGAAGCGAUUCCAAUUCCAAUUAUAAUUACAAUAACGGGUUGAUUUCAAUUUCCUCAUCGUCGUCGUCGGAUUCUGAAAGGGCUUCUCCCUCUUGCAGAUUGGAGUUAUCAUCUGGAUCAUCGAGUCAUGACGAGCAGCAAUGGCAAUGGAGCUAAAAUUCAAAUUCCGGAGAUCAAAUUCACGAAGCUGUUCAUCAAUGGCCAAUUUGUUGACUCCAUUUCAGG